AUGUCCUCCACCGAGCCAGUCGUCGUCAUUGACGGCAAGGGACACCUUCUUGGUCGCCUGGCCAGCACUGUUGCUAAGCAGCUGCUUAACGGCCAGAAGAUCGUCGUUGUGAGAUGUGAAGCCCUCAACAUCUCCGGCGAGUUCUUCCGUGCGAAGCUGAAGUACCACGCCUACCUUCGCAAGAUGACUCGUUACAACCCCACUCGUGGUGGUCCCUUCCACUUCCGUGCCCCCUCCCGCAUCUUCUACAAGGCCGUCCGCGGAAUGAUCCCCCACAAGACCCCCCGUGGUGCUGCUGCUCUGGAGAGACUCAAGGUCUUCGAGGGUGUUCCUCCCCCCUACGACAAGAAGAAGCGCGUCGUCGUUCCCCAGGCUCUGCGUGUUCUCAGACUCCGCCCCGGCCGCAAGUACUGCACCGUCGGUAGACUCAGCCACGAGGUUGGCUGGAAGUACCAGGACGUUGUUGCCAGACUUGAGGAGCGGAGAAAGGUUAAGAGCAGUGCAUACUACGAGCGCAAGAAGGCCGCUCGCCGCCAGCUCGUCCAGGCCCAGAAGUCGGCGAGCGUCGACGACAAGACCAAGAGCCAGCUUGCUGAGUACGGAUAUUAG